GGAAAACUCUCCGUCAAACUAUAGGUCACGAUAUCAUCCCUCUGAACUUCGAUCUACUGUAACUCCAAACCGGUGCGCUGCUUCGAGAUCGAUUUAUCCACUACAUCUUCACAAAUCAAUCACUGGUUCUCGCCCUAGAAGACAACAAUGGCGCCUCCAGCUCAAUCUCAGCGUUCUCCUUCACCCUCCCAACCCUCCGGAAAAGGGGAGGUUUCAGAUCUCAAAAUGCAGCUCCGUCAGCUUGCAGGGAGUGUAACUCCAGGGACUGAUAGCUCAAAGAGAGAGCUCUUCAAGAAGGUUAUCUCCUACAUGACGAUAGGGAUUGACGUGUCAUCGCUUUUCAGUGAGAUGGUGAUGUGCUCAGCUACUUCAGACAUCGUUCUCAAGAAAAUGUGUUAUCUGUAUGUGGGGAAUUAUGCGAAGUGCAAUCCCGACCUUGCAUUGCUCACAAUUAAUUUUCUUCAGAGGGAUUGUAAGGAUAUGGAUCCCAUGAUCCGUGGGCUUGCAUUGAGGAGUUUAUGUUCACUGCGAGUAACAAAUUUGGUGGAGUACUUGGUGGGGCCACUGGAAUCGGGGUUGAAAGAUGGGAAUAGUUAUGUGAGAAUGGUGGCAGUGAUUGGGGUUUUGAAGUUGUAUCAUAUAUCAGCAGUGACUUGUGUUGAUGCAGAUUUUCCAGAAAUGCUUAAGCACUUAAUGCUGAAUGACCCAGAUACCCAGGUAGUUGCAAACUGCUUAGCUGCCUUGCAAGAAAUCUGGAGUUUAGAAGCAAGCCAGUCUGAGAAAGCAUCAAUGGAUAGAGAAACAUUGCUUAGCAAGCCAGUGAUAUAUUACUUUUUGAACAGGAUCAAGCAAUUCAAUGAAUGGGCCCAGUGUCUUGUCCUUGAAUUGGUAGCCAAAUAUGUUCCCUCAGAUACCAAUGAGAUAUUUGACAUCAUGGAUCUUCUUGAGGAUAGACUUCAACAUGCAAAUGGUGCAGUUGUCUUAGCAACCAUUAAGCUGUUUUUGCAAUUGACAUUGUCUAUGACUGAUGUUCAUCAACAGGUUUAUGAGCGCAUCAAGGCACCUCUGCUUACCUUAGUGAGCUCAGGGAGUCCAGAGCAAUCUUAUGCAGUAUUAAGCCACCUCCAUCUUCUUGUUAUGCGAGCGCCAAUGCUAUUCUCAUCAGACUACAAGCACUUCUAUUGCCAAUACAAUGAGCCAUUUUAUGUUAAGAAAUUGAAGCUUGAAAUGUUAACUGCUGUAGCCAAUGAGAACAAUACUUAUGAAAUUGUGACAGAAUUAUGUGAAUAUGCUGCAAAUGUUGAUAUUCCAAUCGCAAGAGAAUCAAUAAGGGCUGUUGGUAAAAUAGCUUUGCAGCAGUAUGACGUGAAUGCUAUUGUAGAUAGACUACUUCAGUUUUUGGAGAUGGAAAAGGACCAUGUGACAGCUGAAACACUGGUGCUUGUAAAAGAUCUUCUCAGGAAAUAUCCUCAAUGGAGCCAUGAUUGCAUUGCAGUUGUUGGGAAUAUCAGCAGCAAAAAUGUUCAAGAACCAAAAGCUAAGGCCGCCCUGAUAUGGAUGCUGGGGGAGUACGCCCAAGACAUGCAGGAUGCUCCUUAUGUUUUAGAAAGUCUAAUUGACAGCUGGGAUGAUGAGCAUUCUGCUGAGGUUCGUUUACACCUUCUCACAGCAGUACUGAAGUGUUUCUUGAGAAGGCCACCUGAAACUCGGAAAGCCUUGGGAGCUGCUUUGGCUGCUGGUCUAGCUGAUUUUCAUCAGGAUGUUCAUGAUAGGGCCUUAUUCUACUACAGACUUUUGCAGCACAAUGUUUCUGUAGCAGAACUUGUGGUAAACCCUCCAAAGCAAGCUGUUUCUGUCUUUGCAGAUACUCAGAGUAGUGAGAUGAAAGAUCGGAUAUUUGAUGAAUUCAACAGUCUAUCUGUUGUAUACCAGAAGCCUUCUUACAUGUUUACUGAUAAGGAACACCAAGGCCCAUUUGCUUUUUCAGAAGAAACGGGAAAUUUAUCUGUGGGUGUUGAAUCUGUGAGUAAUGCAGUGUCAGCCCAGAUGGUUGAGGCAAAUGACAAAGAUCUGCUGCUUAGUACCUCAGACAAGGAAGAAAGUAGAGGUCCCACUAGCAAUGGCUCUGAAUACAAUGCACCUGCAUAUGAUAGCUCUUCAAAUCUAUCAUUACCUGCUCCUUCUCCACAAGGUGGCUUGGCCGUUGAUGAUCUCCUUGGUCUAGGAUGGAAUGCUGCACCUAAUAUUGCUCCGUCUCCACCACCUUUAAAGCUUAAUCCAAGAGCUGUUCUUGAUCCAAGCACUUUUCAGCAGAAAUGGCGCCAACUACCUGUUUCUGUCUCAGAGGAAUGUAGUAUAAAUCCAGAAGGAGUGGCAGCAUUGACAACCCCGCAAGCUCUCCUCCGGCACAUGCAAGGGCAUUCCAUCCACUGCAUUGCCUCCGGGGGUCAGGCCCCGCAUUUCAAGUUCUUCUUUUUCGCGCAAAAAGCAGAGGCAGCAUCUAUCUAUCUUGUAGAAUGUAUAAUUAACUCUUCAUCGUGUAAAGCGCAGCUAAAGAUCAAAGCUGACGAUCAGGGCUCGUCCCAGGACUUUUCAGCCCUGUUCCAAUCAGCUUUGUCCAAAUUUGGCAUGCCCUGAUUCUCCAAAUUUGAUUUAUAAUUUUGCUUCUCUAAGAACAAAUCAGAGAGUUUUCUACAGUCGUCGAUUAAUGUACAUUAUCAGAGAAGAUGAGUGGUGGUUUUUGAUCCAUGUUUACUUGAUUCCGGACAUGAUCAUAUUGGAAAUGUGUACUUGGAAGUUAUUUCA